AUGGGAAAGUCUCAGCGGCGCAAGAAGCGCCUGAAGGAAGAGGAGUUUCUGGCCCGCCAUCAGCUCAUCAUCGAUCAAGCAAACUUCAAAGGCUCUUUGGACCGUCUAAAUCUCUUUCAAGCGUACCAACGUGACGGGCGUAACGGUGGGACAGCUGACAUCAUAUGCGGCUCCGACCCGUCCCCCCGGACCCCAUUUCGGAGUACUCGGGACUAUCACUUCAGCAUCAGCCCUUCUAGAGCCCUUGUUGAGAGUGAUAACCCUGAUGAUCCAAACCGCGAACGCAAAAAGCCUGGCAAGAAGAAAGACGGCGACGACGACAAGGAGCCCGUGCGGUUCAGUCGUGUCUUCUUCUUCGUCCACAAGUCAAUCCCGAGAAAUCGUUGGAAUGUUGAGUAUCAUGAGGGUCCCAAUAAGGACAUGCUGGCAACUCUUCAUUUAACGACGGCCGACGGUCCGAUUGCGAUACACUCCGUGUAUAACGUCAAUCAGGACGAUGUGAAGAUUGACAUCGAGCUCUUAGCUGAGCAGACAACUCGCGAACCACGCAAUAUCGUCAUGGGAGAUUUCAACUUGCAUAAUAUAUUAUGGAGUGGCCCUUCAUUGAUGAACUCCUCCCGGGACACCCCAGCUGGCCGGUUGCUGGCGCACGAGAUGAUCACAAAGGCCAACAUGGCACUCUUGACGAAGCAAGGUACUAUCACAUAUACCAGGGGCAAAGGCGAUGACGACGAACAUGCUUCAUGUAUCGACCUCACCUUCGUCAGUGACUGCCUACGCUCUCAAGUUACUCAUUGGGGUGUCUUCUCAGAUAAUCCUUGGGAUGCAAGCGACCAUCGUCCCAUCAGGACAGUCCUUGAGAUUACGCCAUAUAGAGACGACACAGAGAAGUUUCAGCACAACAAGGUCAAACCUGCAGUGUUUGCCGCCGCCAUCAGAGAGGAUUCGUCGCGUGUUCGCGAAAUGCCGCUUGAAGAUGAGAACGAUGUGAAGGAGUACAUUCCAGCGCUUCUCAACCUCAUUUCAUCCGCCUCUACACGCACCACCCCAACCUGUCUCGUAAACCCACCACCAAGACGGAAACCGAUGGACCCUCAUCUGAGACAGCUACUGCUUGGAGGCGGCGUUGGGUCAAAUGUACCUGCUUCCGAACUCGACUUCAAGCCGCCGCCGAAGAAGCCAACUCCGUGGCGUGAGCGCGUUCAACAAGCAGGCGAGUCACAAGAAGCCUUUUGGUUUCAGACAAAGUUGGCACGCCAAAUGGCACAAGACCGGAUUGUCAAGUGCAUGCCGCCGCUGGCCGAUGAUAACGGUGUUGCCACUUUCUUCAGUGAGGAAGAAAAACAGGACAGGAUACGAUGCAAGACAUGGACAAGAACCAGCGAUCUCGAUCACCCCGUUGAGAUUCCAUUCCCCACACUGAACGACACGGUGAAGAUGAAUCGAAAGCUUCGUCGCUUCAUCGAGAAACACCUCACAGAUAAAGAUAUUGAGAUUCUCAUCCGGAAGCUACAUAACCGGAAGGCUCCAGGACACGAUCUGAUUUGCAUCGAGCAACUCAAGAUGGCCUACAAAGAACUUGCUCCUCUCAUCGCACGUCUGUUUAAUGCGUUACUCAAACUCGGGAUCUUCCCGGCAGAGUUCAAAACCGCCAUUACCGCAAUCCUUCCAAAAUCAGGGAAGGAUAGAUACGACGCAGUUAAUAGCUGGCGCCCUAUUGCACUUCUCUCUGUUUUGGGAAAGCUCUAUGAGAGGAUUCUUGCUGAGCGCCUCAAGAAGUUUGUCAUGGACUACGAUUUACUUCCUGAGACUCAAUAUGGCGCGCCUGGAAAGUGUACUACACAUGCCAUUCAAAGCAUGAUAGGCAUUAUACAUAAAGCCUGGUCUCGGAAGUUAAGCAAAAAGUUCAAGAAACGCUGGAAGUUUAUCAAGGAGAAGGUGACCAUGAUGGGGCUUGAUGUAUCUGGGGCCUACAACUGCGUCGACCCUGCACUGCUCCUACAGAUGCUUGCAGACCUUGGAGUGCCCGAUUCUUUCCUUCGGAUAAUGCAUUCAUAUUUCUCCUACCGGGUCGUCAUUCUCAAGCUGCCCCAAAGCACAUCAAAAGCAUUCUAUAUGCUCAUUGGCAUUCCGCAAGGUUCGCCCCUCUCUCCGUUAUUAUUCCUCAUCUUUACCGCACCUAUUCUCCGCCAAAUCAAUGACGACAGAGAAAAGCUUGGCAAGGACAGAAUCAGAAUCUUUUCCUUCUCCUACGUUGAUGACACCUAUCUCAUCGCCGUCUCAAACUCUUACGAGAAGAACUGCAUCGGCUUAAAGAUAUUCCAUGAUGAAAUCAUUAAAUGGGCUUCAUCUGUCGGUCUGACAUUUUCACCGCAAAAGUAUACCGUUAUGCAUUUCCGGGCUCCCAACGACCCCGAUCCUCCCUGCGAACUUCUUCCUGAUAUCGAGGGACUCAAGGACAACCCUGAAGCGCUCAAGCAGGAUAAGCUGAAGGUCCUUGGAGUGGUUCUGGAUCCGGCUCUCACCUUUGCUGAACACAUCUCCAACCUUGAGAAGAAAGCCAACAACACAAUACGGCAUUUCCGCAUGCUUUCGGGGCCGACUUGGGGUAUUCGGCUGUCCCAGACGAGGAGUUUCUACAUGUCCAAGAUUCGACCCAUCAUAUCGUACGGGUGCGCUGCCUGGUUUCUUCACUGCCCUGGUCGACGUGUACCAUGGUCCCUGAAGCCGAGGCAGAUUCAGAGACUUGUGAAAUUACAGUACAAGUGUUUACUGCUGAUCUCAGGGGGUAUUCGUGCAACCUGUGGUGAUAUGAUUCUCAAGGACAUCAACAUCGAGGGCAUUCGUGAGUUUCUGUGCCGCAUGUCCAUGUCUUCACGAGCCAGGGCCCUCAAAGCUCGCAAAAAUGACGCGUGGUUUGAGAAGCCAUUGAAGAUCCCCAAGGAUCCGAGUUACAACGUCACCGCGUAUCAGAUACUCGACGAAGAAGCAUACAAGUUGACCGGUAGAUCGGCCAAGUAUUUCCGCAAGCGCCAGAAAGGCACCGACGAAGCGGCAUUGAAAGCUUGGAAGAUCCCAGCCAAGCGCAACGCCGCCGUCAAGAACCAAGCGAAGUGGGAAGCAGAAACGAAGUGCGCCUCAUCCUGGAUCACCUACCGUCGCAAGAGAACCGCUCGAGUUCGCACGACACACCGUCCUGCCGCCGUCGAGGAGAAGCGAGGCCGAGUAAGCUUGAGCUACUACAAGGGAUUAACUCGUCCGCAAUCUACACUUGCACUACAAUUGCGCACCGAGCGCAUCGGGCUCAACGGAUACCUGAGCAGCAUCAAAGCAACUCGAGACGAGAAGGUUCCAGGAACCGAGGACGUUAUCAGGCAUCCCAUAAAGCCAGCAUGCACGUGCGGUCAUCAUACUCAGACCGUCUAUCACAUGUUCAUGCACUGCUCGGAUCUUCAUUCCGCCAGGUUGAGGUUGAUUGAGCGCAUUGGAGCACUCAACUGGAAGACGUUGCUCACUACCCACCUCAAGUUCGCCGUCGACUGGGCCAUGGUUUACUUCAACCUCGGCCAGUUCAAGAUUGCCAAGGCGGACUCGAUGUUCUACAUCCCAAAUGAAGGAGGUUAA